AUUUCAUUCAACAUCAACAAUUAUUAACCCGCGGAGGAACACGACCAGGCCAAAGAGCGUUUACACAGCGCACACAGGAAGCUGCGGAAACAUCUCAGCCACAGGGUCGACGAAGUUCGUGCAGCUGAAAGGGACGCCGGUUUAACUGUUUCAAACUGUCUGCAGGGGAAGGAAGGUCGCAGGUUCGAGCGCCCACGGAGUGUUAACGUUCAGGAAAAGUUUUAAGCUCCUGAGACCUUUGAGCGUGUUUUUCAACAGAGAGAGACGACAUCCCGAGUGGUUUGUGGACGUUUUGAGUGCGUGUGCUCUGUUUAUUGUUUCCUUUGCUGCACCUGGAGCAGCUGGAACCCGUGGGGUCCAGGUGAACGUGGGUCACAUCUGAGCCCGGCCGGCAGCCUCCCAGUCCCGCAGGAAUGGAGCCGUUCGACGGUCUAAGUCCGACAGAAACCCUGAGGCGAGUUUCGGCCUCGCUGGGCUGCAGUCCGACCUCCGCAGAGGUGGCCGCGUUCCUCGACCAGCACGACAAAGCGAGGCCUCUGAGGGAGAACUUCCUGGUGCCCAAAAUAGCGGAUCUGCCUCCAUCCGACCUGUCGCUGGUGGAUGGCGCCGAGGACUGCAUCUACCUCGUGGGCAACUCGCUGGGGCUUCAGCCCAAACUGGCCCGGAAGUACCUGGAAGAGGAGCUGGACAAGUGGGCCAGAACGGGCGUCCACGGGCACACGGAAGGCGCUCGGCCUUGGGCCUGGGCCGAAAACGACUUGGAGGAGCUGAUGGGCAACGUGGUCGGAGCCAAAGCCGAUGAGGUGGCUCUGAUGAACGGCCUGACGGUGAAUUUGCACCUGCUCAUGCUUUCCUUCUACAAACCCACGGCAGCUCGGCACAAGAUCCUCCUGGAGGACAAGGCCUUUCCCUCAGACCACUACGCCGUGGAGUCUCAGAUCCGACUGCGGGGGUUCGACCCUCGGGAAAGCACGUUGCUGCUGUCGCCUCAACCGGGAGAAGAAACGCUGAGGACGGAGGACAUCCUGGAGGUGAUUGAGAAGGAGGGAGACUCCAUCGCCGUGGUGAUGCUGAGCGGAGUUCAGUACUACACCGGUCAGCUGUUCAACAUGGCCGCCAUCACCGAGGCGGGCCAGAGGAAGGGCUGCUACGUGGGCUUCGACUGCGCCCACGCCGCCGGAAACGUGGAGCUGAAGCUGCACGACUGGGGCGUGGACUUCGCCUGCUGGUGCUCCUACAAGUAUCUAAACGCAGGUGCUGGUGGUCUCGCCGGUGCGUUCAUCCACGAGAAACACAAAGACACCAUCAAACCCGCGCUGCUGGGCUGGUGGGGACACGACCUGAAGACGCGCUUCCAGAUGACUAACGUGUUGGAGCUGCAGCCCGGAGUGAGCGGCUUCAGACUGUCCAACCAGCCCAUCCUGCUGGUCUGCCCCCUGCAGGCCAGUCUCGAGGUGUUUAACAUGACCAGCAUGCGGGCGUUGCGCAGGAAGUCCAUCCUGUUGACGGGCUACCUGGAGUACCUGAUUGGACAUUAUUUCUCGGAGGACGCCGCCCGACCCGACAAGCCUCACGUCCGCAUCAUCACGCCCUCCGACCCCGAGCAGCGAGGCUGCCAGCUGUCGCUCUGCUUCUCCAUCCACGUCCGAAAGGUGUUCAGGGAGCUGGAGAGGAGGGGAGUCGCAUGCGACAUGAGGGAGCCCAGCGUGCUGCGGGUCGCUCCGGUGCCGCUCUACAACUCCUUCAGGGACGUGCAUCGCUUUGUGGAGGCGCUGGGAGCCGCGCUCCAAGCCGGAGGUCUACCGUGAAGAGAUGACGGACCGAGCUGUAAUUGUCUUGAAGAGUUGAUGAAGUUUCUUCCUGUGUGCUUACUAUUUUGUGAUUGACAAUAAAACAGAAAAAGCAGCCAUGGAGGAGGCGUAGAAGA